GUCUGCAUGGCCUCCACUGUUAUUAAUUAGCAGAAGUGCUCCCACCUGGAAAUAAAAGAAGCUGCAGCAGCUGUCUGCUGAGCUAGUCUGACUGCUAACGGCUGGGGAAAAACACAAGGGUGGGUCCACCUGGAAGAUGGCGAGCAGGUUUGGCCAGACUAGAUUUGAUGGACAGCAGGAAUAUGCAGAUUCAUAUCUCCAGAGGGAUCCAAGUUCCUCUCAGAGCAGCUUGUGGUGGGCUAACGGAGAGGACCGUAAGGACCAAGCAGACUCCCUCAGGGAGCAGCUCAGAGAUGCAGACGAGCAUGUGGCCAGGCUUCAGGGAGAUCUAAGAUCUGAGCGUACAAGAUGUUCCCGUCUGCAGCUGCAGUGCAACCAGCAGGAGGCGGAGUUGAAGCGCAGAGAGGUGCACUGCAAUAGACUGAAGGAGAGGCUCUCCCAGCUGACUGACAGACACAGAGACAAAGGACCCUCUAUAGAGGUAUUAAAUGUACCUCCGGGAAGCAGGAGCAAAAGGGAACAACUCUGCAAAUCAAUCAAGUCCACUGCCAACAGGCGGGAAGAGGCUGCACUGCGCCUGAUGCUGGAGCGCAGAGAGGCCGAGCUGAGGGAGGCGAUGAAGCUGCGCCACAGCCUCACCACUCUGCUGCACGCGCUCAGAGUCGACAUGGAGCAGUGGCUGUCAGAGUUUUUGGACAUUACCCAAGAUGGAGACAAAAAGCUAGAUGAGACUGAAGCGGCCCUUGGCGAACACGUGACUGGAGGAGUCGUUCAGAGCUGGAGGCUGGUGCAGAACAAGCUGCAAAGCAUCUUGUCUGAAGGUCAGGCUGCUGCUGCUGGCACCGACCACGAUAAGCUCCUGGCUCAGCUGGAGAUGGAACUAAAGGAAAGUCAGGAGGUCGUCAGAUUACAGCAGCAGCUUCUACAGGAUAGCCUUUCCUCCACGGUCCCGCCUGAGCUGUCGGAUUCCUACUUUCUGGAAGAAUGGGAACGUCUUCAGAUGUCCUGGACGGAGUUUACUCAUCAGAGGAGGACUUUUGAAAGGGAGCGGCAAGCUUUCACUGACGCUGCGAUCCGACUGAGCCAGGAGCGGCGUGAGUUUGAACAACAAAGGGGCUUGUUUUUGAAGCAGCAAUAUCUGUGUGGCUCGCCUCUGUUUAAUCAAGGAGCAACAAACAGGAGGGAGAGCACCGCCUUCAAUUUCUCCGGUGUGGGAGGAACUAACAUAUCUGGUUGUCUUCCCCUCACUCCAUCACCCAGCAACUCUGGCAACGCUGCCGUUACUGGAUUACACGAGGAAAGGAUCAGAGUUCAAACCCCCAGCACACCUCAGCUGUACUCCGCUCUCAACCUACCAUACAAUAACAGGUCCAGAGAAGCUGGUCACCACUCGGAGAUGUGGGAAGGUGGGGUGGACAGGAGACUGCAUACACCCUGGCCUUCAUAUUUGGACUGGUCGUUUUAGCAUAAACUGUUUUUAGUGCUGCUGUAUAUUCUACAUUCAGUGUUGUCUUUGUAACUAAUUUAUUUCACAUUAUUUUUCACAAUAAAAUUGAGGCACUUUUAAUUCCA